GAUGGCGGAGUUGGGCGAUACGUUGCCUUGAGCCACUGCUGGGGUGGCAAGACUUCGAUCAUAACAACAACCGACAACUAUCAACGCCACACAAGCGGCAUCCUAAUUCCACUCCCCCAAACAUUCAUGGAUGCAGUGCGCGUCGUUAGAGCACUAGGGGUUCAGUAUCUAUGGAUCAAUUCCUUGUGUAUCAUUCAAAACAGCUCCAAAGACUGGAAUGAGCAAGCGGCUCAAAUGGCGUCGAUAUACGGAAACGCUUAUUGCAUCAUCUCGGCAGGUGCGGCGGAAAAUUCGUUAAGUGGUUUUGUUGAAGGCUCGAGGAGGUUUGGACAUACUCUUCAAGUUGUCAGAUUUACACAUCAUGGUCAAGAAGGCACAUCACUCAUCCGAGCAUGCGGAAAACACUACUCACAAUAUACCUUCUCCCGUGCAUGGGUGUUCCAAGAGCGCAUGUUGUCUAGCAGAACACUGCACUUUGGACAUCCAGGAACCAGAUGGGAAUGUCGAUCUUUCGUAGACUGCGAAUACUCGCCACAUAAAUCUUCAUAUGGGCCAACUGAUCCACUUCAGUGA